AUGCUCGACUCGUCCGAGACUCCUCCUCCUCUUCACUUCUCACCGCCAUCCAGCGAGCAAGAUCGCACCUCAACCCGCGAGUCCACUCCGAUUGGCACCCCCCUAGGCCUCAUCUCCAGCAAUCCUCGCAGGCCAGACCUGCUGCACAACCACCACCUAGGGAACCGCAAGGCGGCUGCUUCGUCUCCCUUCUCGCCCUCUGCUGCUCACAUCCCCGUGUUCGACGAGGACGAGGACGAGGACGACUCGAUAUUCCCGCUGUUCCCGUCGUCGCCGCCGGACCAGCAUCACCACCACAACCACGGCCACCGUCGCCAUCAUCGCUACAACAGCAGUCAGCAUAGCGUCAGCAUGGACGGCCGCGCCAUCCCCAUCGAUCUGUCUGCGAGACAGACGUCCAAGUCGCCACCGGGACAGCAGGCCUCGAACCUGACCUCGGCUCUCCAGAAAGCUGCCACCGGCCCUGCCGAUACCAUGUCCUCGAACUGGAACGGUGUGGCGUCGAACAACUUCAUGUCUAAUGCGGCGCGCAAGGAGUCCUUCAGCGCAACCAUGGCGCAGUACUCGAACGGAAGCAAGCCCAUCACCAUGGUGGGUUCGAACAGAGACAAGCCCCGGCGUGAGAGCCUUGCCGGCAGUCUUGUCGGUGGUAUGAGCUGGGGAGGUGUGUCUGUUGGUAGCUGGAUCAGAGAUGAUAUAAUCAUGACGGGAACUUCGCCGUUCACGCUACAGUCCCCGUCAUACCACUCUUCAUCCUAUCUACCGAAGCUGGAAGCCAACUUUAUGCGCGACUUCUCAUGCUGUGGCAUCACUCUGCCAUCUCUACACGACCUACUGCAGCAUUAUGAGGAAGCUCAUGCCCAGAGAUCCCCGCAGCCGCCACCACGACCUGCGCAGGCAAACCAGAAUACUUCGUCAGACAACAGGACCGGAAUAGGUGCCUCCCCCCAUCCAGCGCAACAGAACCAGCAGCAGUCGAAUAUGGGCACCGCUCCCGGGCGAGCCACUUCGUCUCAGCCAGGAACUCCUCGGCCGCACCAUCGGUUACCACAGCAGCCACAGCAGCCCAUGAUGCAGACCACCGCCGGAUUUGGCCAGCCGCAAUCCAACGAUAUACCGGAUAUCGAUAGCGUAGACGACAUGGAUAUGGAGAUGGACGACCCACUGAGUGACGGUGGCUUCCAGCAGCAGUCUCACCAGCAGUCUCUCGCCCAGGCUCGUUUUGCUCAGGAGAAUGGUGGGAGCCGGGUAACGCCACUCAACAUGGGGAUGCUCCAGGGCCAACAACGCUUCCGUAGCUCAGCACCUGGAACUCCCGUUUCGUCCGGUAGACCACUUCAUAACAACCCAACCGUAUCAUCCGUUAAUACGCCAACCCUCAUGCCACACCCAGUUCAGCAGCAGCAGCAGCAGCAGCAACAGCAACAACAGCAGCAACAACAGCAGCAGCAGCAGCAGCAAGCCUCUCAGUAUAGGAGCACACCAGAGUCCUCUGCUCCUGGUACGCCUGCUGAACUUGACGAUUCUAUAGUUGGCGGAUUCGGUGACAUGUCUAUGCAAGGUGCCGCCACACCAGUAGGCUCUGGCACCGGUCAACAACAGUUUGGCAAUUUCGGUGGCAAUGGAAUGCUCGACCUCUGUAUUGAUGAACCCGCAAAGCGACUCUUUAGGCCAAACACUGGCUUUGGAAACGGCAAACCUGCGCAGCAGCAAACGCCUCCUUUCAGACUGGGCAACUCGCACUAUGGAGCAAAUAGCGAGAUCGCCCAGCAUAUUAGGGAACAACAGAAACUCGCCGGUGUUCCAGAUAUCACUCUAGCAAUGAAGCCAGACGAUGAACCAAAGCCGUUCAGAUGUCCUGUAAUAGGCUGCGAGAAGGCAUAUAAGAACCAGAACGGUCUCAAGUAUCACAAAUCACACGGCCACAACAACCAACAACUCCACGAUAAUGCAGACGGUACAUUCUCUAUUGUCGACCCGGAAACAUGUGCUCCUUACCCUGGUACACUAGCGGGCCGUGUAUUUAACACCGGCGGCGGUGUCAUGCAUGGAGAUAAUGUCAACAUCGCGGGAGCUGGGCUCACAGGUAUCGGAGAGGAAGGUUUGUAA